AUGAACAUGCGACAUUUCAGUCAUAAAAUAUUCUCCUGCAGCUCAAGUCAAAUUGGCCGGGAUUCUGCGAGUGUAUUGGACCAUCUUGGAGUAGCAGUAUCGUAUACACUGAAGACUGACACCUACGGAGAACUGGAUAUGUGCGGUGAGAUGCCAGGUGCUUUUAAGAAGCAGGCCGAGCUUUUGACGGAUAUGAACAUGGACAUGGAAAGUGACCUGGUCGAAGAGGUACUACAAACUCUCGAGGAAGUUUGCGUAAUUUUAGAAGGUAUUCGAAAAUCGCUUGAUAAAGAUGUUAAAAGGUCGAUGCACGUUCCAAUUUCGGACCAAGAACAGCGACAACCCCAAAGGUUGCUCGAGGAUGAUACAAAAUCGGCUCGAAUGACAUUGUCGCGAAACAGAGACUCUGUGACAAAGGUGGCCCCGCCCGAGAAUUUUUCGGAUAUAUUGGAUGACAGUGAAGCUACUCAUACUUUUCAACUCAUCUACCAAGAUUUGAAGAGUUGGAUUGAACGACACUUCACUCGCUUUAUAUACUCAAGGGACGCCGGCGAUACACAAUCAAGUGACGAUCGCGCAAAUUCCCUUCCAGAUACUUACAGAUAUCGUCCAGAUACUACACUCCACAUCAUUCAUGGAGAAGUCUUCGAGCGCCUCUUCACUUCCAUCCUGGCUCCUUUUAUAGUGGGGACGGGUAACGUUGCGUUGGAUCACCAUCUGCAACUCAUUGAUAAAGAAAUUUGGCAACACUGGCGGUCCAUCUUGAGCAAUGCUAUAUCGUCCCACGAAAAGGAAGGCCUAGAGAAGACCUGUGACGAGAUCAUGCAGCGCACCGAAUCAAAGCUUGGACAUGUUUCUACAACCGACUCAAAAGAAAGACGGAAGGAGUUGAGGCAAAUUGUCCGGAACUGUUUGGAUUUUAAGAAAAGACUGGAAUGUCAGGGCAACCUUUUUUAUUUUUGGUGGAGUCUACCAGGAGCGGCCUUGUGUGAGGAGCGCAUGGUGAGUGUCACGGGGCAGUAUGCAGCCAACAAGACAGUUAGACGAACCUUAUGGCCGAUGUUCUACAGAGAGCUUCCGGAUGAAUGGGUCAUCCUGGCGAAGGAAAUAGUGCUUGCGAGCCAGGGCUCAUCCAAGGGAAUCGAGAGUCCAAAGCCCUUCCAGUCCAAAAAACCAGCCACUUCAUGA